AUGAAUUUAUUCAAGCAGAAGGAAAAGGCUCCAAGUUCUAUAUCUCAAAUUUUAAUAAAUAAGCAAAAAGGAAAGUUCCCCGAACCACUGAUUUCGAUAAGACAACUGGAAGAGAAGGACAUAAACGAAGUGAGGCAGUUGCUGCACGACCACUUCAACUCGCUAACACUGCCCGCAGUUAUAUACUGGUCCAUACAACACAUAUAUGAUUUACUAGUGAUAGUGGUGAUAAAUUAUAUCUUUUUCUUGGAUUUAAAGAAAAUAUUUUAUUUCUUGAUUAUAUUUUUAAUAUAUUUGUACAUAAGGGCAAAACUGGAAUUUUUAAAUCAUAUAAGAAAUGACUGCCGAGAUUUGGAGAAUUUGUACAAAAGCUACAUAAACGUGGAGGGUUGCAAUUUUUGGGUGGCCGAGGUGUUUGAUAAUAAUUUUGGCUCGGCUAGUAGAACGACAUGUAGUGAUAUACACGAAAGGGAAAAGAUUUUACUGGAACAGGAGGAGCAAGAAAAGCAGCUAUGCAAUGAGCAGGGGGAACAAGACAUAAAAAACUCCGAUACAGAAAAUAAUAGCAAGUCCUUCAAAGAUGGCUCAUCUAAAAGUAUACCGUUUGAAAGUGCUGAAGAAUCGAAUGAGCAAAAAAUGUUAGAGAAAAGUAGCUUUAACAAAAGUGAAGACAGCAAUGUAAAUCAGAACCAUUCCGAAACGGAAAAGAAUAUAACCACAAAUGUGGAUCAUAAUAAUAAAGACGUUAGUCAAAGCAAAAAUUUGGAGCAAAGUGGAACCAAAAAGAAUAUUGUCAAUAUGAUGGACCUUGGGGAGGGCACAUCAACUAAUUACAACGAUAUUUAUUACAAGGUGCAUAGUAAUUCGCCCAGCGGUGGGGAAAAUACAAGCCCCAGUGGGGGUGCAGACGGGUUGAAUAAUGCGCAAGGGGCGGUGGACCCUUUGAAUGAUACUGGAGACGCAGGUAAGAAUGAUGGCACGUCGGAGGUUGGAGUCACGAAUGGUACGGACGAAAAGGGAAAGGGAAAAAAAGGAAAAGGAAAUAAUAAUAAAAAUGGACAGCAUGGUAAGAAUAAUCAAGAUAGCAAAUGUGACGAUGAGGAGGACAAACAGAAGGAAAGCUUUACCAGUGGUGACCCCAAUCAUAACAGUCAAACGGUGGAUCCAGCAGCCGAUCUACAGAAUAACUCUCCUGGCGGAGGUGAAGAAAAAACAAAACUCCUGUGUAACAUAGGGGACAUAUCCAACAAGGAGCUUAUUGAAAGUAGAAGGACAGUGCCAUAUCGGUUAAACGAAAUUAGAAAAAAUAUAUUCCGAUCCAAAACCAAUGAUGAUGACGAUUCUACCACUCGUUUUGUGAACAGAAAAAUUGUUGGCUGUGUAGGAAUUGUUCCAUUUAAGGGAGACAAUUCUAUAGCACAGCUUGUUAGGAUGGUGGUCAAAAAAGACAACAGGAGAAUGAGAAUAGGAAGCAGGUUGCUAACCCAGUUGGAGAAUUUUGCACAUGAACAGAAUUACCAAGAAUUAAAAGUUUUUACAAAUAACUUGAAUACAGAUAGUUUAUACUUUGUUAAACAAAAUGGCUUUAAUUUAUCUCAAAUUGUUCGGAGGGGCCUGAUGCGGGGAGACCUGCUCAUCUGGUCCAAGAUCCUGAACAAGGACGAUUUUUACAAGUUCAAUUCGUCAGGUACGAACCAGCACGUCACGUCGAUGAAUUUGGGGGAGUACUGA